UCUUGGUAUGAAAGAUCCUGUUUAAGAGUUGUCUUUCUUUAUUUUACAUAGUCUCAAAUAUUUUGGGAUCAAUUUUUUAAUUAAUAAAAAUCAAAAAGAAAAAUUAAAAAAGGAACAAGUCUAUGCUAAAUAUAUAGAUAUAAGAUAAGUAGUGCUUGUGAUAAUGUUUGAAGCUGAAAAAUUAUAUUAUUGGUGAAUGCAUCAUAUAUAUUUAACUCUUCAGAACAAAAUAUUAGUAGUUAAUUAUAUUAUAAAUUGCCUUUUACUUUUUUAUAUACAAUAGCAAUUAUAAACAACAACCAUACGCAUAUUAAUACAUACAUUAGAUGUCCAUAGUGAUACACAUGCAUGUAUGGAAAUGAAAAACAUGCUCCUUUUCAGAAUUCUGUCUUUCCCUCAUUUUGGCUUGCAAAUCCGUGCUUCCACUGCUAUUGCUACCUGGCUGUAUCUAUUUUAAUCAAAAUACAUUAGUUUAAUGCCAAAGUUUCAGUGAAAGUCUUUUACUGCAAAUGUUUUUUUUUAAUUUGGGAAGUUAGGAUCAAUUCAAGAGAUCGUACUACGGUACUUUCGUUUUAUGUUCAUCAUACAAAUAUAGUUUAAAUGAAAAUUUGACAUCUGCUUACCUAUAUCGAUAGUCCGCCAUAUAUGUAUGAUCGUCUGUUGCAGAUGACAUGACAAAUUGUAUUGCCAAUAGCAGCAGAGCAGGGAAACGGUAUAUUAUUUAGAUUCCACGUUUUCCGUACAAAACAGCUGAUAAUCAAUGUUAGUUAAAAGCUUUGAACAGGAAGAAAAUUGACUUAUUUUCUAAGCGUUUUGUUGAUUUCAUUUCUAUCUCAUCUCCUUAGUUAGAAGAGUUCAAUUAAACGGUGUAUUUUGUACCACGACAUAAUGUUAUAAAUCCGGAACACAAUGGCGUUUCGAACAGAAGUCAGACAUGUUGUGACGAUGUAGCCUUCCACCUUAAGCUUCUCUGUGCCAUGUCGUCAUGGCUUAAUACUUGUGAAUCACAGAACCCAGUGAACCCAGGUACUUGUUCAAAUGUUUCAAAUGGAGAGCCUUUGGUUUGCUGUCCAAAUUAUCGAAUUGUCGGGACCUCUUGCGAAGAAUGUUGGCCUGGAUUCCGAGGUGUUAAUUGUGCAGAGGAUUGUGCAAAGGGUUUUUACGGAAGACUCUGCAGAGAGAAGUGUUUGUGUGAUCCGUGUGAUAAAGUCAAAGGAUGUCAAAACAUAACGCUUCUCAAUUGGAACUAUACUCAUUUAGAGGAAGAUGAAGGUCCAACGAGAUUUCACUGGUUUUCAAUACAAAUUGUGUCAUUUGGUGGAUUUGUAGUUUUUUGCAUCUUAUGCCUUUCUGUCUUUUGUAUAUUCAGAUUAAGUGCGUCUGCAACAUCUAAUGUUCUGACCGAGAAAGACGUUCAGAAUGACAAGGAUCUUUCCGAGAAACUACCACAUAGCCUUUCGCAAAAGACUAGCAGUGUUGAUGAAGCCGUAUCAAAUAAUACAGAUUCAGAUGCUCAUUGCAAUGACGUUUGUCAAAGGAAAGAUUGUUUUCCCAUAAAAGAAACCGAUAAACCCAAAGCUUUGCAAUACUAUCAUAUUGAUCUGAUCGAUGAACCUCACAAUAUUCUUAAACUUUCAUUUAAAAAUGAUCUUAAAAAAAUGAAAAGUGAGACACAACCUUUCCCAAAACUGAGCCAUGCUCAACAUAAUACUUUUGAAAGAAAACGAUGUCGGGAAGCUGUGGGUUUGUUAUAACGGAAUCAAUCUUAAUGUUGUAUAAUAAAAUUGUUAUGUUUGAUUCAAAUACUUCAGAAUAAUUUAAUUAAUAUAAAAAGAGCUAAUCAAAACCUACCGCAAAUAUGUCCCUCCAACUUAUUGGUAAAAACCAACAACAUGAUUCGAACAAAACUAUGUUAACAUAUUUAAUAUCAAUAUUUUUCAAGCAUAUGAACUGGAACCUAAGAAUUUAUUGAUUUGAUAACUUCUUUAGAAUACACUUGCAUGAAUGGUCUUUUUAUAACGUGCAUGAACAUUGAUAUAUUGAAUAUAUAUUUUCAAAAAGAUACGCGAAACUGUGGACGUUGCCCUUUCUGUGCAUUCGUUUACAUCUCUAUUAAUUUCCACCAUUCACCAUUUAAAAAGAUCACUCAAACUAAAUGUGCCUGUA